AUGGAUGGCACGGUCAUUAUUAACCCAGGCUGCAACCAAUCCGCUAUUAAUAUUAGCCACCCUAGUUUCAAUGGCACAGAUGUCUUUGGCUACACCUCAUUCCUUGCCUUUUCUGCAAUCCCAAAUAUCAGCUUCUACUAUGAAUUCCGCCUGAAAUUUCAACUGGCAAACCGCAACUCAGCAGUACAAGAUAAUCUGAUAUUUUUCACUGGACAGAAAGGCCAGGGUCUCAAUGGAGAUGAUUUCCUGGCGCUAGGCCUGCGUAAUGGCAGUGUGGUAUACAGCUACAAUCUGGGCUCUGGCACGGCCACUCUCAUUAGUCAGCCACUCGAUCUGACACUCAGUAUUCAUGUGAUCCAUCUUGGCAGAUCUCUCCGAGCAGGCUGGCUGAAGGUGGAUGAUCAUAAGAAUAAAUCCAUCACAUCCCCAGGAAGGUUGGUUGGGCUCAAUGUCUUCAGUCAAUUUUAUGUAGGCGGCUACAUUGAAUACACUCCUGAACUCUUACCAAAUGGAUCCAAAUUUGAGAAUGGCUUUCAAGGUGGUGUGCGACCUAUCCUGGACCUGCAAGAACUGAACUGCUUCCUAGUGAAGCUGAAGUUCCCCAGAGUGUCCCUGGCCUACAGGAGACUGGUACGCUGCCCUCAAUAUGAAGGAUAUGUGCUUUCACAUCGCCAUCUUCGAGAGACACAGACGCUUCCUUUGGUUUACAGGAGGUCCCAACCACCGUCAGUUUGUGGUCCUCCUAUUUGGCCUAGCGACAGCACCACAGCCUUAUCCAUAAGCGAUGCAUCUUUCAGAAGUAAUGAAUCAUCGUGGAUGUCAUUUGCUUCCUUUCAUAUCCGACACAAGACUCACAUCCAACUACAAUUUCAGCCUCUUUCUGCAGAUGGUAUCCUUUUUUAUACUGCCCAGCACCUUAGUCCUCGAUCAGGUGACUUUCUAUGUAUAUCCUUAGUAAAUGGAUUUGUACAACUACGCUACAGCCUUGGCGACAAGAUAGUCAUCUUACAGUCUCUUCAAAACGUAUGUACAAAUGGAAGUACAUGGCAUUUCCUUAAAGCAGGAAGAGUAGGUAAUGAAGGUUACCUGGAUCUGGAUGGCAUCAACAUUACCCAGAAAGCCAGUGCUGGAAUGACUGCCCUCGACAUAAACACAGAUUUCUAUGUCGGAGGAGUGUCAUCCUUAAAUCUUGUCAAUUCAAUGGCAAUAGAGAAUGAACCCAUAGGUUUCAGUGGGUGUAUACGAGAAAUUAUUAUAAACCACAGAGAACUAAAACUCACUGAGACAGACCCUAAAGAUGGUUCCAAUGUAGGUGACUGUGAUGGAACUGUUUGCGGGUACACAGUGUGCAAAAAUAAUGGUAAAUGUCAAGUUCAAAACUCAGGCUUUUCUUGCUUAUGUCCUCAACCCUGGACAGGGAACACAUGUGAACAAUCUGUUUAUUGUUCACAGAAUGUGUGUCUGCACCAGGCUCUUUGUAUUCCUGAUCCCAUUUUAUUUUCAUACAGUUGUGCAUGUACACUAGGAUGGUCAGGUAGAUACUGUGACAAUGAAAUCUCAUUUUCUACAGCAAAAUUUGCAGGUAAUUCAUACAUCAAAUACAUGGAUCCUCAUUAUGGAAAGAGAGACCUCAGAUUUACCAGUGUAUCUCUAAAUUUUACUAGUAGUCAGAGUGAAGGCUUAAUUUUAUGGAUGGGAAAAGCUGAAAAUGAAGACAAUGAUUUCCUUGCAGUUGGUCUUACUAAUGGGACCUUGAAAGUUGUGGUUAAUCUUGGGGAAAAAAUCUCUGUCCCUUUAAUUCACAGUAAACAUUCCCUUUGUUGCAAGAGAUGGCAUUUUGUCACCAUAGCUCAAAACCAGACUUCUAUUAAAGUGUACCUUGAUGAAUAUCUGGUUCUCUUUGAAGAUAUUGAUCCACAAAGAAAAUACAUUGCUCUAAACUAUGGAGGCAUUUGCUAUUUUGGGGGGUUUGAACUUGGCAGAAAAGUAAACAUAGUCACUUCAGGGCUUUUUAGUCAGGAGCUAGUUGGUAAAAUUAAAGAUGUUGUACUCUUUCAAGAUUCUAAAACAAUCCAGUUAAUUAAGGCAGAAGGCUACAAUGUUUAUGAUGGAGAUAGGGAUUAACUGAAAAAAAUUAGGGAUAAAACCCCCCACAUGAACAGAUGAGUAGGUUUAUGCUCCACUCUGUCUACUGGCUAGUAAUAUUAGAAAGACUCCUUUUUAGUAAUAUGCUUAUUAGUAUUUCGCACAUGCUGUAACUACUUGCUUGCUACUAUAAACUACCUAACUUUUUAUAUGGUUGGGUGAAUAGCACAGAUGAAAAAUGGUCGAAUUUACUUAUGCUACUAAUCUCAUUUCUAGAUACUGUUUUGAAAACAGGAAACUUUGAUUUUAUAAGUUUAUUUUGCGUGAGACAGUUUUGUACUCUGAAAGUGAGUUUACAAGAAGAACUGCCCUGAGAAAUGUUUAAAUUACUCCCUCCUUUCCAGUUUCUUUAGCCCAGCAUUCUCAAGUACACUGUAUUAGUAAAGAAACAGAAAGGCAGACAUCAGAAACCAGUUCUCAGGGAGGGUGAUGGAGUACAGGUUGCCUAGUUUUACCUAAAUUCCUGGAAACCAACUGGCAAUAGUAUACAAAAAAUUAACUACAUUUGCCUGAGUUUUAUUUCACACACACAAAUCUGUCUACUACUGUCAUCCAGAAUUCAGUACUUUCCCCAUUUAUUUUAAUACCAAAAAGUUUAUCCAAGUCUUAGUUUCUCUUACAAAUUGCCUGUAAAGCAUGAAAAAGUUAGCAUUUGUGGAAUAACUUCAUGCAUACACAGCAUUUCAUAGGAAAACACUGGAGUUUUCCUUCAGUGUAGGUUCAGAUUUUCCAAGAUGUCUAGGGGAUAUAGCCACACAUCUCCCUGAAGUUCAAUCCUCGUGUCAACUUAAAACCUCAACCAUAGAUAAAACCCCAAAGUAAACAAGUUUAAUUCAUUUUGCAAAUGCCUAGUUAUCAUUACUUUAAUGAUCAGUACUUUAAUCAACAAGAAAUAAAACAGAUACUUGUGUUAUAUUUAAUGUGCUCAGUUAUGAUAUGGCCUCCAAAGCCAUUUAAAUUUUUAAUUUCAA